CUUCUUCACACCUUCCCCCACCAAGCCAACCUCCUCUGCUCCGUUCCCAUCUGUCCCCCACUGCUUAUGCCUAAAUAAUUCCAAACAAUACUCCUCUCUCUCUUUCCCCCACCAUUCCUUCUCACACUAUCUUAUCUCACGCACACCUACACCUAUCUCAGACAUCACAACCCUCCUAAAUAAAUAAAUAUUUAUGAAGAAGAUUUUUUUAGUAGAAAAGGGAAAAUACCUCUCUGUUCUUGCUCUAUAACUAUCUUCCCGUCUCCUUCCUUCCUCCUACUGAAGCGGAGGUAGAGGAGGCAAAAAAAAGGGAAAAGGAAAAGGAAAGAAAAGAAGAUCAUACCGUUGUUGUGCUCUUCCUCUCCCAUUAGGCCAGUAAGAAAGCAAGGAGCCACCUCUCUGUCUCUCUGAUUCGUUUGUUUCGCAAUGCCAGCCCCUUCCUUCUUCUUCCUCCUCUUCCUGCUGUUAUUCUCCAACCCGGCGAUCUCAUCCGCCACGCCCAUUCCCCGGCGGGCCCUCCACCUACCCUUCUUCCCCGUGGCCACCCCACCGCCAGCCCAGCCCCCAUCUCCGUCCUUCCCGAAAUACCCCUCCUCCUCCAACCCCAAGCCAUUCUUCCCAUCCUACCCUUCCCGCCUGCCCCCUCUGUCCCCUCCUCCCCCGCUGCCGGCCUCCCUCCCCGCCAACAUCUCCUCCCUCAUCUUCCCCAAUUCCCAUUCUGCCCCUCCCCGGCGCCACUCCGCCGCAAAGCUCGUCCCGGCCGUCGCCCUCCCCCUCCUCGCCGUCGCCCUUCUCGCCCUCUCCCUCGCGUUCUUCCGCCGCCGACGACGCCGGCCUCCGUCCCAUGACGACAAGACCGCCCGCUCCGACAGCAUCCGCCUGUUCCCCCGAGGCUCGACUGCCUCCAGCGCCCCCAAGCCCCCGACCUCCGACUUCCUCUACCUCGGCACCCUUGUGAACUCCUGCGCCACCGUCUCCGCCGCCGAGCCCUCCCCCGCCGCUUCCGCCCCCCGGCCCAACAUCUCUCCCUACCAGAAGCUGGGCUCGCCGGAGCUCCAGCCCCUCCCUCCCUUAUCUCGCCACGCCUCCCGCGGGUACGGGAAUGCCGACGGUGGGUGCUCCUCGGAGGAGGAGUUUUACUCUCCGAAAGGAUCUUCCGGCGACAAGGAGAGCUCCAGGGGGCUCGCUGGCGGCCGGAUGUCCCCCUCCCAGCGGACUUUCCCGGCCGCUGCCGCCGUGAUGGAGAAAUGUGGGUCCCGGAGCUCCACGCUUAGCACGCCUUCGUACCCGUCGUCCAAUUCGGUGUCUUCUCCGAGUCCGUCGUCGCCGGCGGCUUCGUCACCGCCGCUCGGAUCAAGCCCGGCGCGAUCCAGCGUCAAAUCUCUGAAAUCUAGAUCUGAGAAUGCUGAGUUUAUCGAUCUCGGUGUCCCGCCACCGCCGCCGCCUGCGCCCCCGCUGCCGCUCAGGCCGCUGACUCCUUCGCCUCCAAAGAGGAAACCCCCUUCGCCCUCCCCACCUUCUUCACCGGUGGAUAAGGAUCAGGAAAGAAACUCAAGUAUCUCGGACUUCUCCAGAGCAAAUUUGCGAUCGCCGCAGAGAAUUGGGGACUUCUCGGGGAACCCAUUUGUUGUUCGCUCCCCGCAGAGGCAAGCCCCGCCGCUCCCGCCGCCGCCACUGAGGCAAGCUCCACCGCCGCCGUCGAGGCAAGCCGCACCGCCACGGCCGCCACCACCACCUCCUCCGCCACCGCCACCGCCACCGGUUGGUUACUGGGAGAGUCGGGUCCGAAAGCCCCAAGCUAGCCAGCCUCCAGUUCUCACUCCUCCAAGACCUACUGGAACGAAGAAUUCUUCAGCAGCGAUUUUCCCAACAGAAUUGCCGGUGAAUUCGGAUGCAGUGGAGAAGAGUGAGGACACCCCUCGCCCAAAGUUGAAGCCUUUGCACUGGGAUAAGGUCCGGGCGAGCUCCGAUAGAGCAAUGGUGUGGGAUCAAUUGAAAACGAGCUCAUUCCAAGUAAAUGAGGAGAUGAUUGAGACUUUGUUUGUUUGCAAUGCAACAAACACAGCCCCAAAGGAGACGAACAGGCGACAAGUGCUUCCUACUCCGAAUGAAGAUAACAGGGUGCUUGAUCCGAAGAAGUCUCAGAACAUUGCUAUUCUACUGAGGGCACUGAAUGUGACCAAGGAGGAAGUCUGUGAAGCCCUAUUAGAAGGUAAUACAGAUAGCUUAGGAACUGAGCUACUGGAGACUUUGCUAAAGAUGGCUCCAAGCAAAGAAGAAGAGAUUAAAUUAAAAGAGUACAAAGAUGACUCCCCGAUCAAGCUUGGUCCAGCAGAAAAGUUUCUCAAGGCAGUGCUUGAUAUUCCAUUUGCUUUUAAGAGAGUGGAUGCGAUGCUUUACAUUGCUAAUUUUGAUUCAGAGGUCAAUUAUCUUAAGAAGUCCUUUGAAACUCUUGAGGCAGCCUGUGAUGAUCUGAGAAACAGCAGACUGUUUCUGAAGCUUCUAGAGGCCGUUCUAAAGACCGGGAACCGCAUGAAUGUUGGUACCAACCGUGGUGAUGCGCAUGCCUUUAAGCUUGACACACUACUGAAGCUAGUUGAUGUCAAAGGCACCGAUGGCAGGACUACUCUUCUGCAUUUUGUUGUCCAGGAAAUCAUCAGAUCUGAAGGCUCCCGCCUUUCUUCUGCCACCCCAUCAUCUGCCAAAAUACAGGCAAAUACUCUACGAGAUGACCUUGAGUGCAGAAAGCUUGGCCUCCAAGUUGUCGCUGGUCUCGGGGGUGAGCUCUGCAAUGUGAAGAAAGCAGCCACAAUGGAUUCUGAGGUGCUCAGCAGCUAUGUGUCUAAACUUGCUGGAGGGAUUGGUAAAAUAACUGAGGUUUUAAGAUUGAAUGAAACCUUGAGUUCAAAGGAAAAUAGCCAGCAAUAUCACGAUGCUAUGAGUGGGUUCUUAAAGAAGGCAGAGGAUGAGAUCAUAAAGGUUCAGGCCCAAGAGAGCGUUGCACUGUCUUUGGUCAAGGAAAUAACUGAGUAUUUCCAUGGUAACUCAGCGAGAGAAGAAGCUCACCCUUUCAGAAUCUUCAUGGUAGUCAGGGAUUUUCUAGCCGUCCUUGAUCAGGUCUGCAAAGAGGUUGGAAGGAUAAAUGAUCACACCAUUGUCAGCUCAUCACGCCAGUUCCCAGUACCUGUGAAUCCAACACUACCACAGGUAUUCCCAAGGUUUCAGGCAUUGAGGCCUGAAAGCUCUGAUGACGAAAGUUCAUUGUCAUCGUAAGGCUUGAUGCUUAGUGCUCCUGGUUGAUGCCUCUUUUGAGUAGAAGUUUUUGCUGGCUAUCAGCCGAGAAGUGCAGUGCCAAAUGGAAUCAAAUGCCACUUAUUUAUAUAUAAUUUUUGUACUUGUAGAAUAUUAAUGUAAAAGAUUCUUGGAAUUUUUAUGCCUAUAUAUAUACAGGAGGAAAUCUAGAUGAAAGAAAAAUGUGGGGAAACUGGCUUCUUUGACUCAGAUUAUGUGCAUCUGUUGAAAGCUUUUCUUCUCAAAAGAUCAAUGUGCAGUAUUCAGAUCAAAGUUUCAGUUGUACAGCUCAUUAGGAGUGGCAACUCACAGGAUAGGUGAUACGAACCUAUGAAGCAGACAUUAUGUUCUUUCUAUAAUUAUAUCAUUUGAUAUCAACCUAUGAAUCAGACAUUAUGUCCUUUCUAUAAUUA